AGUGGAAGGAAAAAAGAAAAAGCAGCAGCAGAAGAAGCCGUUUAACCAUUUGUUGGGAAACACAGGGUUUAUAGAACUUAAUAUUUUAUGUUCUGGGACUGAAAACUCGGAGUUUAUCCCAGAUCUUCUUGUGGCUUUCACCGCAUCGUCUUUUUCUCGUUUUUCCUUCCAACCUGUUUUGUUGUCUCUGAAAUGAUGUCUCCAGGCGAAACUGUUAUGCAGUCCUGUAAGAAUGAAGACGGAGUGUUGGGAACCAGAAGACUUCUGUGUCCGAUUCACGGCUGUAAGCGUGUUUACACGGAGCAGAGCGCUCUGGAGAGUCACAUCAUGGACCACGAGAGCCCGGCUCAGUCCCUGCCUGGUAAGAAGCUGCUGUGCUCCACCAGCGGCUGUAGCGCCUCCUUCCCCAGCAUGCAGAAACUGAUGGAACAUACCAGGCAUCACUACAAGCCUAACAUCUACUUCCAGUGUGAGAGCUGCCGCACCAAGUUGCGCUCCUACCGGGGCCUCCUGGCCCACCUGCACACCUGCUCCAAGGUGCCGAGGGCCAAACCAAAGGCUGCAGAGCCAGCGGCCCCCGUGCUGGCUGCCGUGGCUGCCUCCAACUCGGCCCCCAGAACCUCUGAGCUGGCUCCUCCACAGCUAGAGUCGGUGUCUCCACAGCAGGCUCCCAUCCAGACCACAUCAGUCCCCUCUGCUGUCCCUGUGCCAGACUCUGCUGACCCUCCUGGGCUUGGGCCCCCCAUGUUGAGUCUCCAGGAAGUCCCACCUUCCCAGCGUGUUGAAGCCCCCCCACAGAGCCCUCUCAGGGACGCAGCCGCUAAGCUGGCGGCCAGCUUCAGGCCCAUAGCUCCCAAAGCAGCUGCAGACCUGGCUGCUCCAGGAUCAGCUGCUUACCCUGCCUCCUCCGCUGUCUGGAGGAAGAAUCAAGCUGUGUCGAGCCACAGACGUGUCCUUUGGGAGCACACUAGGGGGCGCUAUACCUGUGUCCAGUGUGGUCACACCCUAACCAACCGCAAGGAAAUGACUCAACAUAUCAACAGUCAGCACCAUGGCAACAAAUUUGGAGAAGAAGCAGGAAGUACUGUCCCCAAGUCUUAGCUCAAAGUUUUCUUCAGUUCUACAGCUGGGUGAGGAGAGGCGGGGCUAAUCCAGACAAAAACCUAAACAUGUCCCUGAUCACCGUUCACAUGGCUACGCUGACAUCAGUCAGUGAAUAUUGACUAAAUGUAAUUCUUACUGCUUGAACUCCAAAACUUAAUAUUUAAGCAUACUGAUAUCUAGCAUUUUUAAAUGUCCAUAUCUGGUUUUAAUUCAAUGUUAGUAGUUGAUUAAUAUAUAAUGCAACAACAUAUUGUGAUUAUUAUUCUCCUGGUAAUAAAUAACAUGUUUUGGUUUGGCUCCUAACCUCUACUUUUGGUGUAAUAUAUCUUUAAGAACAUCUGCAUGAGACAGAUGUUCCUAUGCGAAAACAUGUUUAAAUACUGGCAGUAAAAACAGACUUAAAGAUCUG